GUGUGAGGUGUGGGUGAUAAUCGUGUCGGCGGGCAGGGCAGGCAGUCACCAGCGGGAGGCGGCGAGUGGCGGCGGCGAGGAGGGUAGCAGACGACAGGCUGUUGACAAAGUCACAAUAAACCUGUGGAGCCUCUGAAUCUGCCUGCCAUGGGCCCCCACACCCUACCCUGCUCCCUGCUGCUUCUGCUGUCAUUCCUCUGUAGUGCUAGUGGCCUCGGGGAGGUUAUAUAUGCCGUGAAUGCAGGAGGGGAAGCUCACAUUGAUGUAUAUGGUGUGAGGUAUGAGAAAGACCCUUUGACUGGCAAGGUGGGGACGGCAUCUGACUUUGGCAAACAGCUAGUUAUUGGCAGAGUGCCCCCUGGAGAUCAGGUGUUGUAUCAGACUGAAAGAUACCACCAUUCAACCUUUGGAUAUGAAAUUCCAUUGAAAGGUGACGGAGAAUACGUUCUUGUCUUGAAGUUCUCUGAGGUUUACUUUAAUGCACCGGACCAAAAGGUAUUUGAUGUGGUGAUGAACGGUGAACUCACAGUGGUCCCUGCCCUGGACAUCUUCUUGCGUGUUGGGCGAGGUGUAGCCCAUGAUGAAUAUGUGCCAUUCACAGUGGCAGGCAACACUCUCAUGGUGGGGGGGCAGGAGAGUCCUCUCAGGGGCAGCAAGGUCAAGGUGGAGUUUGUCAAGGGUUACAAAGACAAUCCAAAGGUGAAUGCCAUUUUUGUGAUAAAAGGAAGAUUAGAUGAUGUGCCAAAACUACCACCACUACCACGCGAGGAGGAGUUGGACAGUGAGGUGGAGGAGCCGCGCCAAAGUGCCACACUUCAAAACACCAACACAAACCAGAACAGCAAACAGCAGCAGUCAGCCAAGCGACGGCCCAGUGGCCCCCGCACCCCAGACCCCUAUGCUGCCGAUGACACAAGCUCCAUGCUGCCUGUGUUUGUGGCCAUUGGUGCAGCCAUACCUAUCCUUUUCUGCCUUUGUAAACUGUGAUGGUUGCAUUCGUCGACAUGUCGUAGCUCUCGGGUGUUGCACUGCUUCUCGGAGACCUUUGUUUUGUGCUACAAGAUUCUUCUCUUCUUGAGGCGUUUUUGGAAGCAUGUGUGCAGAUGUGAAAAUGGUAAUGUACAUAACUGAUGCAAUAUAUAUAUAUAUAUAUAUAUAUA